AUGUAUCUGCUUAUCGAUCAAUCGUAUUUCGUCGAACUCGUCGGAUUUUUGGCUGUGUUCACCGAGGCCAUGCUCGGUACUCCACAACUUGUAAAAAAUUUCCAGCACAAAUCGACGGAAGGCAUGAGCAUCAGUAUGGUGAUAAUGUGGACGUGCGGCGACAUAUUUAAAACUUUGUAUUUUUUAUUUCGCGAGGCGCCGUUGCAGUUUUGGGUUUGCGGAUCGAUACAGGUUGCGGUCGACGUUUUAAUUUUGAUACAGGUUUACGUGUACAAACAACAUGAUGAACCUCAAAGGAUGCGACCUCACCGGGGGGAUUGA